AUGCGAGCCCUGAUAGUUUCCGAUAUACAUUCCAACCUGACGGCUCUGGAAGCGGUUAUUGCCGACGCUCAGCGGCGCGGCGGUUUUGACGAAAUCUGGUGCCUUGGCGACACGGUAGGCUAUGGCCCCGAACCCGGAGCUUGCCUUGAGCUCCUUCAAGGCUACCCCUUGGUCUCAGUGGCGGGCAACCAUGACCGAGCCGCGUUGAACGUAGAAGACAGUGCCGACUUCAAUAAUGCGGCGGCCUAUUCUGCAGUUUGGACAGGCCAACAGCUUUCGGAAGCGCAUCGGACUUUCCUGUCCGGCCUGCCUGAGGUGGCCACAUCGGGCGACUUUACACUGGUCCACGGUAGUUUGCGGGCACCCUUGCGGGAGUACUUGUUGAACGAAGAGGCCGCCGCGAGUACUUUUGCCAGAUUGACCACCGCCUUUUGCCUGGUUGGUCACUCCCAUCUACCGUUCCUUUGCAGGGAGAACCGGGACGGCCCCAGUUUCGUAGAGUUCACCGAGGAUGGGGUAUUCCCUCUGGAUGAAUUGCGCUGGAUUGCCAAUCCUGGAAGUGUCGGGCAGCCCCGUGACUAUGACCCAAGACCAAGUUACGCCCUGUUCUCAAGAGUAGAAAAUGAGCAAAAGGGCGCUCUUGAGCGGCACCGCGUUGAAUACGACAGAACCAGCACUCAGGAGAAAAUGAGGCAAGCGGGUCUUCCCAGGAGCCUGAUUGAAAGGCUGGAUCAUGGGGUAUAG